AACCAGUCUCAAGUCUGUAGCUCAAGCUGUCCCGUAAUUCACUGUGAAGCUCAGGCUGGACUUGAAAACAGCGAUUCCUCUGCCUCAGCCUCCUGAAUGCUGGGGUCACAGACUUGAGCCACUGCGACUUUAGGACUUGUUUCUUGCCACCUAGUGCCCGGAAAGGGAUCUCUCUUGCCAGGAAGUUUUGUCUGAUAGUUUUGGAAACUCAGCAAUGGCUCCAGGUGACUUCUUGGAUCCUCCACGUUUCCAGAUCCUGGUGAAGACUGGUGGACCCAGCCGAGGACAUGGGCCUGCCAGCUGGACUACCUGUGCUGCUUCUGCUGCUGCUGCUGCUGCUGUGGUCCGGGGCCCUGCGGGCACGGCCAUCGCGGUCUCAUUCUCUGCACUACUUCUUCAUGGGUGCCUCAGAGCCAGACUUCGGGCUGCCUUUGUUUGAGGCCCUGGGCUAUGUGGAUGACCAGCUCUUCGUGUCCUACAAUCAUGAGAGUCGCCGUGCUGAGCCCCGGGCCCCGUGGAUCUUGGGUCAGACCUCAAGCCAGCUGUGGCUGCAGCUGAGUCAGAGCCUGAAAGGGUGGGAUCACAUGUUCAUAGUGGACUUCUGGACCAUCAUGGACAACUAUAACCACAGUAAGGUCACAAAGCCGGGAGUGGUGCCCGAUGCCCACAUCCUGCAGGUGAUCCUGGGCUGUGAGGUGCAGGGGGACAACAGUACCAGUGGCUUCUGGAAGUAUGCAUAUGACGGGCAAGACCACCUUGAAUUCUGCCCCGAGACACUGGAGUGGAGAGCCCAACCAGGGGCCUGGGCCACCAAGGUGGAGUGGGAAGAGCACAGAGUCCGUGCCAGGCAGAGCAAGGUCUACCUGGAGAGAGACUGCCCCGAGCAGCUGAGAGAGUUCCUGGAGCUAGGGAGAGGGAUUCUGGGACAGCAAGUGCCUCCUGUGGUGAAGGUGACCAGCCACUGGGCCUCGGCAGGGACCUCUCUAAGGUGUCAGGCUCUGAACUUCUUCCCCCAGAACAUCACUAUGAGGUGGCUGAAGGACAACCAGCCACUGGAUGCCAAGGACAACAGCCCUGAGCGUGUGCUGCCUAACGGGGAUGGGACCUAUCAGGCCCGGAUGACCUUGGCCGUGGCCUCCGGAGAUGAAGCGAGGUUCACAUGUCAAGUGGAGCACCCAGGCCUGGAUGAGCCUCUCACGGCCUCCUGGGAGCCCUUGCCAUCUCGGGCUGUGGUUACUGGAGUCAUCAGUGCGAUCACCGUUUGUGUCAUCUUCUUUGUUGGAGUUCUGCUCCUAAUCUUCAGGAAAAGGAAGGCUUCAGGUGAGUGAGAGCAUGGAGGAAGUGUCAUGGUAUGUCUUCCUUCAGAGAAUGAGACUUCUAUAGGAAACCUUCCCUGUGCUCUUUCUUUUAAGAACACCAGAACGUCUCUGGGAGGUUUUUGUUUUGUUUUUCCCAGGAAGUUCUUAAUUCAAGAAACAAUUUCUAGGCCUCUACUAUUUUUCAGGUGUUAUUUAAGGUAGAAUGGGGACGGGGCUUGAGGUUGAGAAAGCCGCUGGGUAAGGCUCAGAACCUAACCCUAAUGUAUCAUAGAAUUUAUGGCAGGUGCAGCUAAAGAAGACUCUGAGAACUAAAUUAUUUGGAGCCAGUGGAAGAAAUGCUCAAAUUACAUCCAGAAAGACUGUGACAAACAGGCGUGGUGGUUUGU